GCAUGUUGUUAAUGUAUAUAUGAAGCAUAUAUCACUGCUGCAUUGAUGUCACACCUGAAACAGUCUCUAAUACACUUGGCAUAACGAUCACAUCAGCUCUUCUUGAGAACCAUGAACUCUUUCCUCGUUGUUGCCUGUGUCUUUGGACUCUGCUGUGCCGUGCUAGCACAGGAUGAAGAACUUCGAGAGAAGCGCUCAUCAAGCCAUUCCUCUGAGAGAUACAGACCUGGAGGCUACAGACCGUACCCAUUUCAGCGUCCCUAUCCCUAUCCAUACUUUCCCCCUUACCAGCCUCAGCCUCCAAACACCAACGCCCUCCUCAACCUCUUGCCAUUCAUCUUAGCACAGCUGGCAUCCACCACCCCUGCUCCGCCACCGGCCCCCGCACCUGCACCCGCACCUGCCCCGGCCCCUGCACCUGCCCCAGCUCCUGCUCCUGCUCCUGCUCCUGCUCCUGCUCCUGCUCCUCCCGCUCACCCACCCCACCCACCCCCUGCCCCUGGUGGGAGAUAA